GUCUCAGUCUGGCACAGGCAAGACAGCCACCUUCAGUAUCUCGGUCCUCCAGUGUUUGGACAUUCAGGUUCGAGAAACCCAAGCUUUGAUCUUGGCUCCAACAAGAGAGUUAGCUGUACAGAUUCAAAAGGGCCUGCUCGCUCUGGGGGACUACAUGAAUGUGCAGUGCCAUGCCUGCAUCGGGGGCACCAACGUCGGGGAGGACAUAAGGAAGCUGGACUAUGGGCAGCACGUUGUCGCAGGCACGCCAGGGCGCGUCUUUGACAUGAUUCGACGCAGAAGUUUAAGGACACGGGCUAUCAAGAUGUUGGUUUUGGAUGAGGCUGACGAAAUGUUGAAUAAAGGUUUCAAAGAGCAGAUUUACGACGUGUACAGGUACCUGCCUCCAGCCACACAGGUAGUCCUCAUCAGUGCCACGCUGCCUCAUGAGAUCCUGGAGAUGACCAACAAGUUCAUGACAGACCCCAUCCGCAUCCUGGUGAAGCGUGAUGAAUUGACCCUGGAAGGCAUCAAGCAGUUUUUUGUGGCAGUGGAACGAGAGGAGUGGAAAUUUGAUACCCUGUGUGACCUCUAUGACACGCUGACCAUCACUCAGGCAGUCAUCUUCUGCAACACCAAAAGGAAGGUUGACUGGCUGACAGAGAAAAUGCGAGAAGCCAAUUUCACCGUGUCCUCAAUGCAUGGAGACAUGCCCCAGAAGGAGCGUGAGUCCAUCAUGAAGGAGUUCCGGUCUGGUGCCAGCCGAGUGCUCAUUUCCACAGAUGUCUGGGCCCGGGGGCUGGAUGUCCCUCAGGUGUCCCUCAUCAUCAACUACGACCUGCCGAACAACAGAGAGCUGUACAUACACAGAAUCGGGAGGUCAGGUCGGUAUGGCCGCAAGGGUGUGGCCAUUAACUUUGUAAAAAAUGACGACAUCCGCAUCCUCAGAGACAUCGAGCAGUACUACUCUACUCAGAUCGAUGAGAUGCCCAUGAAUGUUGCUGAUCUGAUCUGAUCUGAAGACUGUGCUCCCUGCUUUGUACUCCAUGUGGAAGUAUUUGGAGGCAGUGUCUCUUCUCAGCACCCCCAGGAAAAGCCCUGGGUUCUGCCAUGUUUUCUUACCCAUAUGUAAAUAAUAAUGCAUUUCUCUAAGUCUUUUUCAUUAAACGUUAAAGU